CGUGCGCUGGUCCCUCUCGGUGACGCGGCCGUCCCUCGGUCCUCGCCUCUUUCCCUCCCCGCGCUCUCUCACCCACAGCCCGUCCACACCGCUCAACCGUCCAGCAACAUGCCUAAGAACGCCCACAACGUGUACCAUGGAUUUGUGGGCCUCGCCAACAAUCCGCAGAGCUCGCCGCAGAUGAAGGCGUACGCCGAGAGCCAGAUGGCCCAGACGAGCAACCAGUUCCACGGUGCGCACGGCAGCGCGCACAACCCGUCGACGAGCGCCCAGGGCAAGGCAGCCGCCGAGAGCAAGAUGCAGGCGACGCAGCCCGACGCCUGGAAGAACCGCUAGGGCGGCUCGCGCGCCCGGUGGCAACGUCGAGGUGGAAGGUUUCGCUUGGGCGGGAGAGGGAGGAGGAGGGGACGGGGCGUGAGUCGCUUGUUCUCGUGCCUGCAACGCUUUUGUGCUUGAG